CUCUAUCUCUCGCAUUUUCUCUUCCCCCAAUCCCCAAUUUGGCAAUUUCCCUCCCUCCCUCUGCCUAUUACUACAAAUACUAGUACCGCUAUGCUCAACUCUUCUCUUCCUUCGCCUCCAUUACCUUAUCUCUAACGCUCUCCUGCUCCUUUCUUUCUCCCAAUCUUCAGCCAGCUCUCUUCUCCUCUUGCCUUCGCCUCCAUUACCUUAUCUCCUUGCUUUCUCCCACGCGAAUUCCUCGCAAGCUUCCUUUCUCCCGGCACCGCAGGAACUCAUUCCCCUGGGCGUCCAUUCUCGACUUCUCGCUCGCUCGCAGCUGCUUCGUAGAGAGAGAAAGGAGGAAAAUGGCGCCUAACAAGAACGGACGCGGCGGCAAGGCCAAGGGAGAGAAGAAGAAGAAGGACGAGAAAGUUCUUCCGACGGUAAUGGAUAUCACCAUAAAGCUUCCCGACGAUACCCGCGUCCUUCUCAAGGGGAUAUCGACGGACAGAAUUAUAGACGUUCGUCGCCUUCUGUGUGUCAACACGGAAACCUGCUCCAUCACUAAUUUCUCCUUCAGCCAUGAGGUGAGGGGGCCGCGGUUGAAAGAUACGGUCGACGUCACGGCUCUGAAGCCUUGCGUGCUCACUUUAAUUGAAGAGGAUUACGAUGAAGAUCUCGCAAUCGCGCACGUCCGGCGGCUCCUGGACAUUGUCGCCUGUACGACCUGCUUCGGUCCGUCGACCGGCGUCCAGGACAAGGCCAAGUCGGACGCCGGUAAGAAUGCGCCGGCUGCUGCUGGCAAGAAGGCCGCCGCUGCUAAGCCUCAGGAAGCCGCCUCGACCGGCGGCGGUAAACCGAAGGAUGUGCCCGAGGAGGAAGGAGAAUUAAGCCAUUCGUGCCCUAAGCUUGGCCAUUUCUAUGAGUUCUUUUCGUUGUCGCACCUCAUUCCCCCUCUUCAGUUUGUUAGGAAGGGAGAGAAGCGGCAGGUUGAUGAGAUUUCAGCCGAGGAUCACCUCUUCUCCCUGGAUGUGAAGCUUUGCAAUGGAAAGCUGGUUCAGGUGGAGGCUUGCAAGAAAGGUUUCUACAGUGUAGGGAAACAGCGGAUUCUUUGCCACGACCUUGUGGACUUGUUGCGACAGCUUAGUAGAGCCUUUGACAACGCUUACAGCGACCUCUUGAAAGCAUUCUCAGAACGGAAUAAGUUCGGGAAUCUUCCUUAUGGAUUCAGAGCAAACACAUGGCUUAUCCCUCCUGCUGCUGCACAAUCGCCAUCAUGGUUCCCUCCUCUUCCUGUUGAGGACGAAAAGUGGGGAGGAAAUGGAGGUGGUCUUGGUAGAGAUGGGAAUAAGGAUCUGAUACCUUGGGCUGAUGAAUUUUCGUUUCUCGCUUCUAUGCCUUGCAAAGAUGCAGAGGAAAGGCAGGUCCGAGAUAGGAGGGCAUUUCUACUCCACAGCCUAUUUGUUGACAUUGCCAUUUUCAGGUCCAUCAAGACUGUACAGCUAGUAAAUGAAAGGCCAGAGUUGCUAAGUUCAAUUACGCAAGGUCAAGGUCUCUAUACAGAGAGAGCAGGGGACUUGAUAAUUACUAUUGUGAAAGAUGCUUCCAAUGCAAGUUCAAAGAUGGACACUAAGAUUGAUGGAAUCCAAGCAACUGGAGCAGAAAAAAAGAAUGUCGUGGAAAGGAACUUGCUGAAGGGCAUAACUGCUGACGAAAAUACUGCUGCACAUGAUAUUGCCACACUUGGUACCGUGAAUGUUAGAUAUUGCGGUUACAUUGCUACUGUUAAAGUUGAGGAAAGGAAGGGGAAUAAAGUUAGUUCAUUUCAAAGUGUUGAACUUGAACAGCCUGAGGGAGGUGCCAAUGCCCUUAACAUUAACAGUUUAAGACUACUACUUCACAAGACAUCACCUUCAGAACACAGCAAACCAACUUUAUCAUCACAAACUACAGAAAAGGAAGACCUCAGUGCUUCCCAGGCUUUUGUUGAGAGACUACUGGAGGAAAGUCUUUCGAAGCUCGAAGAAGAGGAAGCAGAGCAAGUUCCUUUUGUACGGUGGGAGCUUGGAGCUUGUUGGAUACAGCAUUUGCAAGACCAGAAAAAUGCAGAUAAGGACAAGAAAUCUUCCUCUGAUAAGAAUAAGAUGGCUUCCGCAGAAAGAGAAAUAAAAGUUGAGGGACUUGGCACACCCCUUAAGUCCCUCAAGAACAAGAAAAAAACAGAAGAAAGCAAUAUAAAAAUGCAGUCAGAAAAAUUGGAAGUACCUGUUAAUGGUGUACUAGGGGAAGUUGAGGAUCUUACUUUUGCAACAUUACAGCUUGAAAGUGCUGAAAGCGAUGAGCUUUCACUACAGAAGAUUCUGUCAGACACAGCUUUUGCUCGUCUGAAAGAAUCAGACACUGGACUUCAUCGUAAGUCUUUGGCAGAAUUAAUCGACUUGUCUCAGAAGUAUUACACUGAGGUAGCGCUUCCAAAAUUGGUUGCAGAUUUUGGUUCUCUUGAACUUUCUCCAGUUGAUGGACGAACUCUAACUGAUUUUAUGCAUACCAGAGGUCUUCGUAUGCGUUCCUUAGGAUCUGUUGUGAAGCUUUCAGAAAAGUUGUCGCAUGUACAGUCACUCUGCAUUCAUGAGAUGCUAGUACGAGCUUUUAAGCAUAUUCUCCAGGCUGUGAUUGCUGCUGUCGUUGACCAUGAGAAAAUUGCUGUAUCAGUAGCUGCUGCUCUAAAUCUCAUGCUUGGAGUUCCUGAAAAUCCGGAUUCCACUGAUAGUUCAUAUGUCCAUCCGCUUGUAUGGAGAUGGCUGGUGUUAUUUCUAAGAAAACGAUUUGAUUGGAAACUUAGCAGUUCAAACUUCAAAGAUGUCAGAAAAUUUGCUGUGCUUCGCGGAUUGUGCCAUAAGGUGGGUAUUGAAUUGGUCCCCAGGGAUUUUGACAUGGAUUCUCCAUAUCCAUUCCAGAAAUCAGAUAUUGUCAGCCUUGUUCCAGUGCAUAAGCAAGCAGCAUGCUCCUCUGCAGACGGAAGGCAGCUUCUGGAAUCAUCAAAAACAGCCUUAGAUAAAGGAAAACUUGAAGAUGCUGUCACAUAUGGUACAAAGGCUCUUGCAAAGCUGGUUGCAGUUUGUGGGCCUUACCAUAGAAUGACUGCUGGGGCUUACAGCCUUCUUGCUGUUGUAUUAUAUCACACUGGCGAUUUCAAUCAGGCCACUAUAUAUCAACAGAAGGCAUUAGAUAUCAAUGAGAGAGAACUGGGACUUGAUCACCCAGAUACAAUGAAAAGUUACGGGGAUCUUGCUGUGUUCUAUUACCGACUUCAACACACAGAACUUGCUCUUAAGUAUGAUAUGAUAUUCUCUUGUAUUCUCUAUCAUAUGUAUGUAAAGCGUGCUUUGUAUCUCUUGCAUCUUACUUGUGGUCCAUCACACCCAAAUACUGCUGCUACAUACAUAAAUGUGGCUAUGAUGGAGGAAGGGCUGGGAAAUGUGCAUGUUGCCCUUAGAUAUCUUCAUAAGGCUCUAAAGUGCAACCAAAGAUUGCUCGGCCCAGACCACAUUCAGACGGCAGCAAGUUACCAUGCGAUAGCAAUCGCACUGUCAUUGAUGGAAGCAUAUCCCUUGAGCGUACAGCAUGAACAAACAACCCUACAGAUUCUCCGUGCAAAGUUGGGUCCAGAUGAUUUGCGUACUCAGGAUGCCGCUGCUUGGCUCGAGUACUUUGAGUCUAAAGCCUUCGAACAACAAGAAGCUGCUCGGAAUGGUACAAAAAAGCCCGAUGCAUCCAUUGCUAGCAAGGGACACCUGAGUGUAUCAGAUUUACUAGAUUAUAUCAAUCCGAGCCAGGAUGCCAAAGGGAGGGAAGCAGCAGUAAAAAGAAAAAGCUAUGUUACAAAGGUAAAGGGAAAAGGUGAACCACUAACUGAUAUGUCAAGUUCCGAUGAAUCUCCAAAAGAGACAUUUCAAGAAGCACCUGAUGAAGACACAGUUAUUCCUUCCGCCAAAGAAGAGGUUAGUUUGAUGGAGGUUCAGAGUGAACAACCUGACUCACAAGGGACUGUAGAUGAAAAAUCAGUUGUGCCACAAAGAAAGGAAAUAUUAAUACCUGAAACACCUACUGAAGGGGAUGACGGAUGGCAACCAGUUCAAAGACCAAGAUCAGCCGCAUCUGAUGGUCGACGAAGGAAACAGCGCCGAGGGAUCAUUGGCAAAGUUUAUGUUCAUCCCAAAAAGGCUACAGAUGCAGAAAUGGAUUACUCUUCAGCCAAGAACACACUGCAGAAUACUCGGCAAUACCUUGUAAAGAAACGGCCCAUCUCUCAUGGAACUUACAACACUGAUCAAAAUGGCACACUUCCCUCUCAGACGGCCAAGUUUGGGCGGAGAAUAAUGAAGACCCUAGCCUAUCGGGUAAAAUCUGUUCCUUCAUCUAAUAACAAAGAUGGUACCAUGAGCGAGACUGCUGGGCAUGUUGCCAAGGGCUCCUUGUCUGCUCCUACAGAAUCUAGUACGAUUUCUGCUUCAAAUGAGGGUAGUCACUCAUUCAAGAAGAAUCCAGUGGUUAGCCUGGGGAAGUCUCCAUCGUAUAAGGAGGUGGCACUGGCACCCCCUGGUACUAUUUCUAAGCAGCAAAUGUGGUCACCCCUUGCAGAAGAUGGAGAUAAGCCGGAUGUUACUGCUCCUAAUCAUGAAGAGACACAUGAUGCAGAAGAAAGUAUUAUCCUACCAGAAUCAGGGAUACAAUCGGGGGAGCAACAUAUGAGUUCUUCCUCAGAUCACUUGGAAAGAGAACAUGUUUUGGAAAACAUGACUGAAAAUCCAUUAACCGUCUUAGCAGAAGAUAGUUUGAUGGUACCCUCCUGUGUCCAAGAAGCUGAAGAAUCUGGUGUUGCUGAGGCUGGCCUUGAAGAAAAAGGCAGAUUAUUGAUGGAUACUAUCAGAACUUCAAUGAAUUUACCACUAGAGGAACCAUCCAAGAACGGUACUACAUCAGAUUCCAAACACUGCCACUCGGAAAUUAGAGCAGAUAAUAUAGAAGAAGCUUGCCCAGUAAGCUCAUGUCUUGAAGGUAACUCUAGUUUGAAGGAAAUUUCAUCUGCUUCAAACUUGCCAGAGUCUCGCGGUCUUCCCCAUAGGAAGCUAUCUGCUUCUGCUGCUCCAUUCAACCCAUCCCCAUCUGUUGUUGCACGUCCUACUCCAAUCCCUCUCAACAUUCCUCUCCCUUCUGGUGGUCCUGGUGCUGUUUCUCCGUGGCCAGUUAAUGUUUCACUUCACCCGGGUACUGGAACCGUCUUACCCACCUCCAUUAGUCCAAUUCCCUCUCCACACCACCACCCAUUUCCGUCACCUCCACAUACCCCAAACAUGAUGCAACCACUUCCCUUCAUGUACCCUCCUCCUUACAGUAGUCAAGCCCAGGGAAUACCGCCAAGUACUUAUCCCUUAACUAGUACAGCAUUCCAUCCAAGCCAUUACUCAUGGCAGUGCAAUGUGAACCCUAAUGUCUCAGAAUUUGUCCCUACCUCUUUGUGGCCUGGUUGUCAUGUGGUGGAGUUCCCUGCCCCAACACCACCCAUUGUGGCCCCGAUUGCUUAUUCUGUAUUGGACAGUAAAGAGAAAGCAGAGAUUCCGAAAAGUCAAAGUCCUGACUUCCUGCCAGCAGAUAUUGACAGUGUAACCACAGAAUGUAUCAAGGACACAAGUCUUCCAGUGCCAGAGGGGAAGCACGAUAAUGCUAAUGAAGACUCGGCUGUGCUUGGCAUGCAGAAUCUGAAUUCUUCAGACUUGCCAGGGGUGAAAGCUUCCUCCUGUGGGAAUGGUUCCAGUGAGAAUGAGGGCAUCAAAGACUCGGGCAGCAGUGGCGAAAGAACUGGUGAUGGAGAGAGAACUUUCAGCAUUUUGAUUAGGGGUAGGAGAAACCGAAAGCAGACACUGAGAAUGCCAGUGAGUUUGCUGAGCAAGCCAUACGGCUCGCAGUCUUUCAAAGUUGUCUAUAGCAGAAUAGUUAGAGGCAGUGACGCUCCAAAGUACCCUGGUCUUCCUUCAACUGAGGGCUGCACUGCUACUGCUCCGGUUUCAUAGGUUGUCUCCGUUUUUGUGCAAACCUGGAUCGUGCAAGAAAUAUCUUCAAGAUGGAUAGAAGAUGGAAUACUUAUCUCAAAAUACUUCCAUGGGAUAUCAGCAUUUUCAACGUUCUCCAAGUCAUUCAUCCUGAGGCAAACUGAAGAAGUUGCAGGUCAGUCUGUGUAGCCUAAGCCAAGGAAAAGUUUAUUCGAUUUAAUCGGCUUUCGAGCUCCUGGCUUUAAUAUGAUGCUCGACUCCAGAAUUGACUCGGUGCAAGAAUAUGCAGGAACUGCUUCAUCUGGGUGAAGUGGGACUGCAUGCAAAAUACAACAAUUGGGUAGAGUUCCAUUUUUGUUUCUCAAGGUACUUGGGAUGCUACUCUUGGUUACCUUUGUCUCUAGCUUCAGGUUUCCCCCAUUAGAUUGAUAUAAUAACUUGUUCCUAGCUACUCGAUAUGAAAUAAUCCCUUUCCUUCUUUUUUUUAUACGAGGAGAAUUCCCUUUCCCUUUCCCUUUCCCUUUCCCUUUCACAUGCCUGAUUGCUGUUUUUCUAUUUUGUUUUGGCUCAACGCAUGCAGGUUAUGGGGAUUGUGGUUUCUACAAGGUGACAAGAAUAAUGUUGAUUUUGAGAAUAUAGCUAGAAAAUUUUGUUAUCCCGAGAAUCAUGACAGAUAUUAAUUUGUUGUUUCGCUGCAUUGACGGGAAACAAAGUAUUUUUGAGACGUGGGUAACUUGCUGGUCUGUAAAUAGCUUUGUUUCGUUCAUGACUGCAGCUGCUAGCGUCUCUUUCCUCUUGAUGGCAUCUUCUUUCUUGCCAUGAGGAAUAAUCCAAUCCAAUCCUGGCCUUUCUUUACACUUGCGCAAACUUAACAUCCUCUCCCUUAGCUGGAAGUAGGUCGGACAGCCCGGAAUCCUCAAACUUACAAUUGCUGCAUAUAUGAUUAUUCAUUCAUACACAACUUUAGGGCUCAUAUG